UACUCGCGGAGGUUCAGAGACACUCUGUCCGUGAAUCCGAGCGAAAUGAAUUGGAACGCCUAAACCCCCGAGAAACCCUAACCAUGCGGACAUGGAACCUGUAGUGCCCAGCAGCAGCAGCAGUUGAAAAAUGGGGGACAUUUCUCGAGGUGUUGCCAUGCACCAAUUCCCUCGACGAGUUGAGGGAGUGUUGGUGCCCAAGAUCGAUGGCAAGUUGGGCCGGAGCAUCUGCGCCUGGUGAUAGGGUUCAGGAGCAGCAUUUAGAAUUAGAAUUCGGAGCUGUCGCUGACAGCUGAGGGGCAGAGUUUUGGAAGAUUUGCGUCGUGACAGGGAUCGGAGGAGGUUUGGGUUUUGGCAAGGAUGGCAGGUGGGGGUGGACUUGCGGCGCUUGUAGGAAAACCUCAGAAGCAGCAUAGGAAAGCGAAGUCAGGACCCACUGCGGAGAAGAAAGCUGCUGUUGAUAAGAAGAAACGUGGAUUGGGAACUGCCAAGGAAAAUCCGAAGGCAUUCACAUUUCAGUCCGCAGCGAAAGCAAAACGACUCCAAGCGAGAACUGCAGAGAAAGAUCAACGCAGGCUUCACGUACCUGUUAUCGAUCGUUCUUCUGGAGAACCACCCCCUUUUAUCAUCGUUGUUCAAGGCCCACCCGGUGUUGGUAAAACACUUCUUAUUCAAUGUCUAGUCAAGCAUUACACGAAACACAAUCUUUCAGAUGUUCGCGGACCCAUAACUGUUGUUUCAGGAAAACAGAGGAGGCUCCAAUUUGUGGAAUGUGCUAACGAUAUCAAUGCUAUGAUAGAUGCUGCGAAGUUCGCAGAUCUUGUCCUACUGCUUAUUGAUGGCAGUUACGGUUUCGAGAUGGAAACAUUCGAGUUCCUGAACGUGCUCCAGGUCCAUGGAUUUCCCAAAGUCAUGGGUGUUCUGACACAUUUGGAUCAGUUUAAGGAUCCGAAGCGCCUGCGCAAGACUAAGAAGCGACUGAAGAAUCGAUUUUGGACCGAAAUAUACGAUGGAGCGAAGCUUUUUUACUUAUCUGGUCUUCUGCACGGAAAGUACCCAAAACGUGAGGUGCACAACCUGGCUAGAUUUGUGUCCAUUGCAAAGUUUAGACCUUUGACAUGGCGCAUUAACCAUCCAUAUCUUCUAGCUGAUCGCUUUGAGGACGUCACUCCUCCUGAUCGAAUCCAUCAGGAUCCGAAAUGCGACCGGAAUGUAACCAUUUAUGGUUAUCUCCGUGGGAGUAACCUGAAGCGAGAUAUGAAGGUGCAUAUUGCUGGUGUAGGAGACUGUAAGCUGGCUGGGGUUGCGGCUUUGAUGGAUCCAUGUCCGCUGCCUUCCGCGACCAAGAAGAAGGGUCUCCGAGAGAAGGAAAAGCUGCUAUAUGCUCCAAUGUCUGAUGUUGGAGAGAUGCUUUAUGACAAGGAUGCUGUCUAUAUCAACAUCAACGAUCACCAAGUACAAUUCUCCAAAAAGGAGAGUGAUGAAGGGGACGACGAAGCGGGAGAGAAGAGAAAGGAAGACAUGGAUGUCGGCGAAGCCAUGGUGAAGACACUUCAGAACACGAAGUACUCCAUUGAUGAGAAACUGUCUCAAAGUUUCAUUCAGCUCUUCAAGGGAUCCGCUCCAGUUAAUGUAGCGCCAACCAGUGAAGAAAAUGAUGAUGCUUCCAGUGACGACGACGAGAAUGGAAGCGUGGAUGAUGAAGAUUCAGACGAGGAGGACGGUGACGAGGACGCUGCUUUGGCAGGUCUGCAGCCUUCUCGUACGAAACGAUCCACACCCUCAAAGACCAACGAUGCCAUUUCUGAUGAUGAAUCAGAGCCGGCUUCGGGUGAAAGUAGCGAUGAAGAUUCGGACGAGAUUGACGAUCUCAGUGAAACAGACGAGGAUGCAGAUUCGGGGUCUGAUGAGGAUGUGGGUAAGUUACUGAGAGUAGGGGCUUCUCAAAAAAAGUCAAGUCUGAAAAAAUUCCCCACGGAAGUGGCGGAAAUGCAAAAUGGAAGGAGGAGGCGAAGGGCAGUAUUUGAAGACGAAGAGAUGCCCGAUAGUGGUGAUCAUGAAGGGGAAGAGAAUCUAAACUUCGCAGGUUCCAGCGACGACGAUGGUGAUGAUGAUGAAAUAGAAGAUUUAAGCACCGGAUUACACCGAAAGAAGGUCAUUGAUGAGAAUUAUGUCAGCACGGACGAUGACAACAGCGAAGAAGAGGAAGACGAAGAUGAUGAGAUUUCUGAAGAUAUAGAAAUGGAAAAUGGCAAUGAUACAGAAACUGUGGUCUCUAAAGAGAUCGAAGCCAACGGCAAAAAGCCAAGACGGAAGAAAGGAGUGGAAGUCGAGCUGGGUGACGGGGCUGCUAACUGGAAAGAAGGUCUGAUGUCCCGGGCAAUGGCGAUUGCGAAAAAUAAAGUGAAUCUGAUGCAUCUGGUAUAUGGCAGACCUGGUGCAAAGGCCAGUCAAUCAUCCUUCAAGGGAUCUCAAGUGGAUGGUGACUCAGAUGAAAGUGACGAAGAAGAACUUUUCCGAAUUAGACGAGAUUCACAAAAGGGAGCCAGCAGCACAGGUAUUGAUGGGAAUGAUCUGGAUACAGAGGAUUGCUCUAAACUGUAUCUAGAUCCUAGUGGUCUGAGCGACUGGAAAGAUGAUGAAAAAAUCGAAAGUAUCCGUGACCGUUUUGUUACUGGAGAUUGGGAGAAAGCUGCUAAGCGAGAAAGGGGUGAGAUCGACGAAGAUGACGAUGAGGAUGAGGUAUACGGAGAAUUUGAAGACUUAGAGACGGGUGAGAAACAUUCAGGAGCCGAAGAUGCGAAGGUGGCAAAGAAAGAUCAAAGCUUAGUUCCUUUGAAGGGAGAAACAUCUGCCGAAGCUGAGGAAAGGAGACUGAAGAAACUUGCGCUGAGAGCCAAAUUUGAUAAUAAAUAUGAUGGCUCAGAGGAUAUGGAUGAUGGAGACGGUGGCAAGGCUAGCGCAAGAACUAAACAUCAUCAAAGUGGUGGUACAGAGCCGGGAGAGAAGGAUUACUUUGACAAGGUCAAAGAUGAGAUUGAGCUCAGAAAGCAGAAGAAUCUUGCUGAGCUCGGAGAGAUUGAUGAUGAAACCAGGAUAGAAAUGGAAGGAUUUAGGGGCGGUACCUAUUUACGAAUAGAACUUCACGGCAUGCCUUGCGAAAUGGUCCAGUACUUUGAUCCUAGUCAUCCAAUUCUCGUGGGAGGUGUCGGAAGGGGUGAAGAAACUGUCGGCUAUAUGCAGGCACGAUUCAAGAAGCACAGGUGGCAUCGCAAAGUUCUGAAGAACCGAGAUCCCCUUAUUGUGUCCGUUGGUUGGAGACGGUAUCAGACAAUACCUAUUUACUCUUUAGAGGAUCGGAAUGCUCGACACCGAAUGCUUAAGUAUACACCAGAACAUAUGCAUUGUCUUGCCACUUUCUGGGGCCCCCUUGCACCUCCAAACGCAGGAAUGGUGGCUUUCCAAAAUCUUUCCAACAAUCAGUCAUCCUUUCGAAUAAGUGCCACAGGUGUGGUACUCGAGUUAGAUCAGGCGGUUGCCAUAGUGAAAAAACUUAAGCUUGUUGGGUACCCAUACAAGAUCUUCAAAAAGACUGCUUUCGUGAGAGAUAUGUUUACCUCGGCCCUCGAAGUAGCGAGGUUUGAAGGAGCUGCCGUGCGGACUGUUAGUGGCAUUCGGGGUCAAAUAAAGAAGGCCGUGAAGACUGGUCAAGGUGCAGAAGGUAGUAUACGCUGCACCUUUGAGGAUAAAAUAUUAAUGAGUGACAUAGUGUUUCUUCGGGCAUGGACACGAGUGGAAGUUCCGAAGUUUUUCAACCCUGUAACUACUCUUCUACAAGCCCGAGACGCGACGUGGAAAGGGAUGAAGACGGUCGCAGAGUUACGGCGGGAGAGGAAUCUCUCCAUCCCUGUCAACAAGGACUCUCUUUACAAGCCAAUUGAAAGACACGUCAGAAAGUUCAACGCGUUGAAGAUACCGAAGCAGCUGCAAACUGCUCUUCCCUUUGCUUCGAAACCGAAGCAGAAGCCUAAACGCAAGGAGAAAACGCUGGAGACCAAACGUGCCGUUGUUAUGGAACCUCACGAACGCAAACUUCACACUCUUGUUCAGCAACUGAACACCAUCCGGAAAGAGAAGGCCAAGAAGCGGAAGGAAUCAAACACCAAGAGGCGAGAAGUUCAUGAGCUGAAGAAGGCGAAGGAGGAACAGAUUAGCAAGUUGCAUCAACGGGAAGAAAGACGAAAGCGCUACAGGGACGAAGCAAGUAAAGAAAAAAUCAAAGAGCUGGGUCGCAAGCAAAAGCCCAAGAGGCAAAAAACUUAAUGAAGUAGUCUUAAGUUAGUUCUUGGCACCCUCAAAAGGCAAGGACAUCAUUUUAAGAACCAUAUAUAAUGCAUUCAUUUAUUCACCCACCCAGAGAUAUUGCUGGGUGCGCAUUGUAAGGAUUUCUUUUUCAAAGUAGUUAUCAGCCCGUGAGGACGUAGAUGCAGUUGUAUCGCCAAUAGGGUGAACGAGAUAUGUACCAUAAUCAUGAGUAGAGAGAAAUAGACGAGGCCUCGGAAUUGUGCAAAUCAUUAAUUUGGUCAGCCGAAUUGGCAAAUGAGAGUUUUGCCUCAGUCGUGAGCACGAAUUUAGGCAAUUCUAAGGCAAUACUUCCUUGCUUAGUCUAGCCUUGUUGAAUACAAGAAUGGAACAGAAAUCGGUGAAGUCUCUUGACUCUUUG